UGGUCUAUUCACACCGCUACGCUACACAAUGCACACAUGGCUAAUUCAUGUGAUCAUUUAUUCACGUGUAGCGACAUUGGUUAUUAUUAUUUACCACAAGGGCUGUGAUUGCUUUGUCUUUGUACAGAGGGCAAACCAUGACCCUCCAAAGCACUGUAACUUUGCUACGUUUUCCUUGUUUGAGAAAUUAUAUAAAUAAAGCCUGCAAAACAUGUAGAAUUUCCUCCCCUCCGUCUGUCUAUACAUGUAUGGCCAAGCUCGACAUUAAACUGUUUGAUAUUUAAUGUUUGCAGAUGACUAAGACAGGAAAGCCAGAUAGUUCCUGGAGGGACAUCUGCUUGAAGUAUGCCCAGGACAAAUUCCACUUUUCAGCUGGUAAACGGCCAGGGGCCAAGAAAUGGAAAAAGGCCUUAGAGAGGAUUGAUGCUUGCCCCUGCAGAGCCAUGCUAAGGAUCUGUUUGGGAGAAGCCUUCAGUGUACCUGUGGGUUCCACAAGCCAGCAGAUCUGGCAUCAGGUGCUGGGUCCAGUGAGGCAGGAGGAGUUGAGACGGAAGCAGGGCGAGUCCAAGUCGACACGGAGGCAGGGAGAGGAAACACGGACACAAGGAGAGGAGACAUGGAGGCAGGGAGGCAGGGGGAGUUCGAGUCAGCACGGAGGCAGGGAGAAGAGACACAGAGAUCACCAAGAAGCUGGCUGGUGGAAUAGGGGGCAGUGCUGCGUGGAUGACCAACAUCCGCAACGAGUUUGACCAGGUUCUGAACUCUGUUCUGACGACGGGUGAAGGUGCAGGGUUGGAAGAGUUGUGCCAAGGCGUCGUCACCCUUUAUAAAAAUGUAGGCCAAACUGAACCUGCGGUCAUCUGUCGAUCGGGACUGCUGCACCCAGACAGAUGUGUCUUCAGUGACCAAGCUCUUCCACCCAUGGAAGUCUGCAGUGCGCUCAGACAGUUUUCAUUUUGUGAAGCGCUUCAACUGUGGCCUCACUACAGAACACCACCCUCUAUAUGGCACCUUUUGUACCAAGCUGUCAUCCUGCGUUUUUGAAUGGGAUCAGGAGGAUGUGCAACGCCUGAAGGAGGCCAAGAGAGAGGACUGGAAGUGCAGCCACAGUGGACAUGUUCCCACUGAGGAACAGCUUAUGGCCACCGUCUACCCAGGAGAACUAAAGAAACACUGCAGGAGGAGGACCCGUGGAGUGGAGGAGAUGCGCCGUAUGAUUUCAAGGCUGCUGGAAUCAGUGUGGGACCUCACAGACACCACAGGGCUGUGUUUGGUGAGCCAUGACAGCAUGCGCCACAUCUGGGAGAUGCAGCAGAAACAACUGGAGUGCUUCCAAGACCCCCCAGGUGUUGCACUGUAUACAAAGGUGGGGACAUUCCAAAAGGGCGGGAAAGAGCUAGACAUCCUUAGGUGUGGCUGGCGGUGCAAUGCUACACAUAUGCAAAUGUACAUGCUGGAGGGGCUAUCAAGGUGGAACAUGGGCGGGGCCGAGGGGGCCUCGACCCUUAGAAGCUUCGAUGUCCGCCCGAUGUCCCACCUCAACAGCUUAAGCCAGCGUGUCCGUGGUUGUAAUCUAGUGGCAGAAUUCCCCCCACCUGGGAAACCUACUGAUGAGCGCAUAGCGGUGGAAUAUUUAUUGGGCCAGACCAACAGAGGGGACCUGCUUGCGCCAUGGCAUGUCCCUGAAAUCCCAUCACAGGUGCUUGAGGAGGAGUGGGACGCAGAUGAUGCAGAUGUCACUGUAGACAUGUCUGAGGAGGGGGCUACUGGUCCUUAUGACCAGUCUGUGGAGGGUGACACUGAUCCCGAAGUCGUCGUCACAGAGACCAGCCCAAGUGACACGAGAGGGGUUGUGGGAUGGGAGGCAGACCAUCACUGCCUUGUCAGCCAAAGAGGAGGCUGACAUAGUGCGCCUGUAUGCAGCUCUCCAUGCCAUGAUCAUGGCACCUUCAAGAUACACCCAGAAUUCUGGGAAAAAGUCACAUGUGUCAGCAGGACCGUAGAGAGCGCCCAGGAAGCAGAGUGGCUCUGCUCCUGGACAGCAGGCGGCAGAAAGACUAUACAUGACUCAUGGCCAAGCAGCCCAGGACCCUGAAGUCAACAGGGUCAGUGAGUGUGUUUGCCUCAGGCUUGCCAAAGAAUUUGAGCAAGCACGCAACGGGCCAAAGGACACAAAGGGGAAAACCUCGCCCGUCCCUCAGUCCAUCGUCAGUGUCUACAGCAACCUCAGACAGCUGCUGGAGGACAGUAGGGUUGUCUUGGACCAGACAAACCUGUUUCUGGUGCCCCUGAACAA